AUGGACCGCCCAGACACUCCGUCACGGCCUCCAGACUACUCUCUGCCAUCCUACGACGAUGAGCACGACACCCCGACUGGCAGCUCCAGCAAUCCCGCAGCCAUCCGCCUCCUGACUUCGAUGGAUGAGCCUAUCUCAGAGCCUCGCCCGUAUGUCAAGUUCCCUUCACCAGUUCUAGUUCCUUCUCCUUUGUCUCUCACAAGGUCACCCGCCUACUCCUCGCCUGCUGCGACGCCCGAGCACCUGUCGAAGCUGAAGCAGGCCGAGGAGGGCAAACCCAGGGCACAGGGACAGGCGCCGACGCGCGUCAAGUUUGCAGAUCUCGUUGCAGAGUCGCCAGCAGUGCCAGAGCCAGUCGCUCCAGCAUACCGGCGCAAGGCCGUCCCGGCCCCAUCAGCAAUUCCUGUAGCGAGAGCUUCCACUGUCAAGCUACAAAAGAAAAAGAAGCCAGACCAUGUCACCCAGGCCGAGAUUCUCAGCUCGCUUCCAGUCAUCCCAGAAGGCCCUUCGCCCAGGAAGAGGUCGUUGAAGAAGUCUAUCAGCGACCCGGUCUCCAAAGCACCAAAAGAUACAGCUCAGCCACACAUCAGAAACUCACAUUCUGCCGUCCACAGUAGCCGGCCGAGGGGACGCUCAUACCAGCCGUCUGUCAUUUCAGACCACUCUCGCACGUCGUCCAUCAUGGAUCCUCCGAGCAUGCCUCCCCCGGAUUCUUCUUACUCGGCUUAUCGCCCCCGUGGCGAGUCGAUCUCUCCCACUCGUCCCUGGACCCCCUCACGAUCCGACUUUAGUCGCCCGCCUCCCUCCUCCGCCAACUACGAGCCGUCCGAUCUGAACGGCAGCCCGCGCCCGGGUACCCCUUCGUCGAGAUACGGCGGCAGUCCGCGACGGCCUCUGCCGCCCGCACCGCUCUUCUCUAACCCGGCAGCGCGGGCUUCGCAGGCAUCCCAAGCCACGUUCGCCGACGAUGCAACCGUCUCCAUUCCUCUCGAAGACGGCGACGAUGUCUUUGGCCCCGUCAAGUCUGAUCUUGGUCGCCACUCGUAUGCUAGUGGCUCCGAGGCGACCCUCGAAGAGCAAGACGCGACGGACGCCGACUGGCACGAGAAGGUCGAGCACUAUGGUCCCGCUCCCGAGGGCAUGCAAGAGCGGCGCGGAGUCCGCCCUCCGCAGAUGAGCCGAAAGGAGGUCACCCUUAUCAACGGUGAGCUCGUGCUCGAGUGCAAGAUCCCCACCAUCCUGUACAGUUUCCUGCCCCGCCGCGACGAGAUCGAGUUCACCCACAUGCGCUACACGGCCGUGACGUGCGACCCGGAUGACUUUGUCGACCGCGGAUACAAGCUCCGACAGAACAUCGGCCGCACUGCACGCGAGACGGAACUCUUCAUCUGCAUCACCAUGUACAACGAGGACGAGUUCGGCUUUACGCGCACCAUGCACGCUGUCAUGAAGAACAUCUCGCACUUUUGUGCUCGCAACAAGUCGCGUACUUGGGGCGAGUUCGGCUGGCAAAAGAUUGUCGUGUGCAUCGUCUCUGACGGACGCGAGAAGAUCCACCCACGCACCCUGGACGCGCUGGCCGCUAUGGGCGUGUACCAGCACGGCAUUGCCAAGAACUACGUCAAUCAGAAAGCCGUCCAAUCCCACGUAUACGAGUAUACGACGCAGGUCUCGCUCGACUCCGAUCUCAAGUUCAAGGGUGCCGAGAAGGGCAUCGUGCCCUGCCAGAUGAUCUUCUGCCUGAAGGAGCGCAACCAGCGCAAACUCAAUUCUCACCGGUGGUUCUUCAACGCUUUUGGCAAGGCCCUGAACCCCAACGUCUGCAUCCUCCUCGAUGUCGGCACGCGGCCUACGUCGAACUCGCUGUACCACCUCUGGAAGGCAUUCGAUACCGACUCUAACGUAGCCGGUGCUUGCGGCGAGAUCAAGGCGAUGAAGGGCAAGUUCGGUGCUAAUCUACUCAACCCCCUGGUUGCGUCUCAAAACUUUGAGUACAAGAUCUCCAACAUUCUCGACAAGCCCUUGGAAAGUGUGUUUGGCUAUAUCACCGUCCUUCCUGGUGCCCUGUCGGCCUACCGAUACCAUGCACUGCAGAACGACGAGACUGGCCAUGGUCCUCUCAGUCAGUAUUUCAAGGGAGAGACUCUGCACGGCCAACACGCGGAUGUGUUCACGGCAAACAUGUACCUUGCAGAAGACCGUAUUCUCUGCUGGGAGCUGGUCGCCAAGAGGAAUGAGCGAUGGGUGUUGAAAUACGUCAAGGGCUGCAAGGGCGAAACCGAUGUUCCCGACACUGUCCCCGAGUUCAUCUCGCAGCGACGAAGAUGGCUGAACGGAGCCUUCUUCGCCGCCGUCUACUCGCUGGUUCACUUCAGACAGGUCUGGAACACCGACCACACCAUCGCCCGCAAGGUUCUGCUGCACAUCGAGUUCCUCUACCAGUUGCUGCAGCUGCUCUUCACCUUCUUCUCUCUGGCCAACUUCUACCUCGCAUUCUACUUCGUCGCCGGUGGUCUCGCCGACCCGCUCGUCGACCCCUUCCACGGCGGUGGCAAGUACAUCUUCAACAUCCUUCGAUACGUCUGCAUCCUCCUCAUCUCGACCCAAUUCAUCCUCUCGCUCGGUAACCGGCCCCAAGGUGCCAAGAAGCUGUAUCUCAGCAGUAUGAUCAUCUACGGCGUCAUCAUGGGCUACACGACUUUUGCCUGUAUAUACAUCAUUGUCCGGCAGCUGCUCAACAAGGACGACCCCAACUCGGCGACCAUGGGCAACAACGUCUUCACCAAUCUCAUCGUGUCGACCGUGUCGACCGUCGGCCUCUAUUUCCUCAUGUCCUUCAUGUACCUGGACCCCUGGCACAUGUUCACCUCGUCGGCCCAGUACUUCAUGCUGCUGCCGUCGUACAUCUGCACGCUGCAGGUCUACGCGUUUUGCAACACGCACGACGUGACCUGGGGCACCAAGGGCGACAACGUCAUGAAGACGGACCUGGGCGGCGCCGUGGGCAAGGGCUCGGGCUCGACGGUCGAGCUCGAGAUGCCCUCGGAGCAGCUCGACAUCGACAGCGGCUACGACGAGGCGCUGCGCAACCUGCGCGACCGCAUCGAGGUGCCGGCCCCGGGCACGUCGGAGGCGCAGAUGCAGGAGGACUACUACCGCAGCGUGCGCACCUACAUGGUGCUGCUGUGGAUGAUCUCCAACGCGACGCUGGCCAUGGCCGUGAGCGAGGCGUACGGCGGCAGCCACAUCGGCGACAACUUCUACCUGCGCUUCAUCCUGUGGGCCGUGGCGUCGCUGGCGCUGUUCCGCGCCAUCGGCAGCACGACGUUUGCGGUCAUCAACCUGAUCAACAUGGUGGUCGAGGGCCGGGUGCGCCUGAGCCUCAAGAUGCCCAAGUGGGCGGGCGGGUUCGGCGGCAAGGUCAGCGACAGGCUGAGCAGUAUCGGGAGCAGUGUGAGGAGUUGA